UUUCUCCUCCCCAUCACCGGCGCCACCUCCUGCUCCCUAUAAACCGCACGAGAACCAGAAGUAAGCAGCAUCGUCGACGCUCUUAUCGGGACAGGGGAUUUCAGCAGCUGAGCCAACAUAACCUCCGCCAUCGACUUCGCCGAUUUCCCCGUCUCGGCUACCCUCUUCGUCCCCUCCGACGACUCCCUCUCCGGCGCAAUCCUUACCCCCGCCGCCGCCGCCGGCAACGGAAUCUUAGAUCCUUACACAAUCCCUUACCACAUCAUCCCUAAACGUCUCACUUUCUCCAAUCUCCGCCUCCUCAAACCCCUCCCUCGUCUUCCCACUCUCCUUCCCGCCAUGUCGAUCCUCCUCACCAACACUUCUAUCUCAAAUUUCACUCUCGACGACACACUCCUCUCCCGACCAGAUCUUUACCUUUCUUCCUCGAUUGCUCUCCACGGCAUAGCUUCUCUGCCUGACUACUCCGUUUACGGAGCUGCUCGCGGUCGUGCUCCAUUUACGUCAUUGCCUCCGCCGUCGAGAUGGGACUUCAGGGUAGCCGGUUCCUGUGGCCGGACCUCCGGAGGCGGAUGUUUUUGCAGGGAGUUUGCUGUAGUUUUGAAAUGGGUAACGAUCUUUUGGUUUAUCUGUUCUGUUGGGCAAUGCUGUGAUGAUAUGCAGAUGAUGAUGACGACGAUGAAGAGAGCGUUGAAAUGGGUGAUGGAAUUCAGGGUGUUUUGUUGGUUGAAUCAGUGUUUUCUGUUUGUGAAUUGAUAGAUGAAGAAGAAUUUUGCCUGUUCUUGUUUCAUCUUCUUGCUCUUCAAUUGGGUUCUUGAGAGCAUAUAAUUUAGUUCAAAAUAAGGAAAAAUAUUUGUUUUAAAGAUCUUUUUUUUGUUUGUAGAAAAUGUGUUAUACAUCGUAGGGAAUUUACCCAAUUUGCUAACUAUAUGCAGUUUAUUCAAUAUGCAGUUUAAAUAAGAGACAAAGGAAUAAAUGGAGAGCAAUAUGCAGCAUCUGCCAUUGGAAGCCUCUUACAUUUUCAUAUUGCUAAUCAACAUGGUAGCUUCCUUACAUUUCAAUAGCACUCCUAUAGAUAUAUAAGAACAGUACAAAGAUCAAAGCAGCAUAUCAUUGGGAAGUUUCCCAUAUAACAUUUCUCUAUGAAAGUACACAUUUCCUGAUUUUCUCACCAUCCUUUAACUCGGGCUUCC